AUGUCUGGUAGCAAUGAUGUGGAGAACAAAAGAGGCCGCAAUUUCCUCAGAUUCGGGCGCAGUAACUAUGGCGACUACGACAACGACGGACUCACUGGUUUAGCUGAGAAGCGAAGUCGCAACUUCCUACGUUUCGGUCGUGAUCCUUCACACAAUUUCCUGAGGUUCGGCCGCUCCGUCGACUGUCAGCUCAGUUCCUUAUCACUCGAUGGCUGCGUUAAAAAAUUCAAAUCUCUUGAAACCACAUCUGAUCCCUCAACCACACCAGUGCAGCAAAACUUAUCAUCACACAACAUUAAUUCUUCUGAAUCAGGGAAGAUAACUUCUCAGCGCUGGAAGAGAGCUGUUCCAGGUGUAUAUGUAUCACUACCUUAUUACAGCCCCUCCGCCUGGGCCAGAGAUAUCCGUCCAGAAGAUGAAAUGAUUAACGAAUUCUCUUCUGAGGAUACAAAGGACAUAAACAAACGUGGGUAUAACCGAGGCUUUUUGCGCUUCGGCCGCAACCGCAACUUUCUGAGAUUCGGCAAACGGGAUGUAUCUGUCGAAUACCCUGAAUCAUCCUCUUCCUCUGAAACCGGCGAGUCAUUGCUUGAUGUUAGACCUGUGAGAGCGCCCACCAGAAAUUUUAUUAGGUUCGGUUGAACUGGAAGAUCAAACCCGAUUGCAACUUAACCUAUGACAGUUAAUUAUUGGCUUUUGACGUUGUUAACCUAUUAUUAUACGCAAUAUUUUAGCCUUUUCCUGA